AAAAGAAAACCUCAUUUGAUGGCGGAAGAUGAACCUCCAGGGGCCCUCUCAAAGCCACUGGUUUUUCGCGUUGACGAGACCACCCCGGGCAUGGUGCAAAGCGUCCUCCUGGAGUGACAGUGGAAUAAGUUCAAUGAGCAGGAGCAGAACGUGGAGGACUGGAACCUGUACUGGAGGACAUCCUCUUUCCGAAUGACCGAACACAUCAGCGUUAAACCGUGGCUGCAGCUCAACCACCACCCCGGAACAACCAAGCUGACCAGGAAAGACUCUCUGGCCAAACACCUGAAGCACAUGAGGAGGACGUACGGCACUUCCCUGUACCAGUUCAUACCCCUGAGGUUCGUCAUGCCCAGCGACUACAUCAAGUUCAUAGCUGAAUACUUUCAGGAGAGGCAGACACCAGGCGCCAAGCACAGCUAUUGGAUUUGCAAGCCUGCCGAGUUAUCUCAUGGGAGGGGGAUACUCAUUUUCAGUGACUUUAAAGACUUCAUCUUUGAUGAUACGUACAUAGUGCAGAAAUACAUCUCCAACCCUUUACUUAUUGGCAGAUAUAAAAGUGAUCUCCGCAUCUAUGUUUGUGUCACCGGCUUUAAGCCUUUGAACAUUUACGUGUAUCGGGAAGGGUUGGUUCAGUUCGCCACAGAAAAGUUCGACCUCAGUAACUUGCAAAACGAUUACGCCCAUUUGACCAACAGCAGCAUCAAUAGAUCCGGGGCCUCCUAUGGGAAGAUCAAAGAAGGGGUUGGCCAUGGUUGUAAGUGGACCCUCAGCAGAUUUUUCUCCUACCUUCGUAGAUGGCCGCUUAAUAUCUAUGAUGGUUUUGACCCUGUGCAUUACCAACUGGGAAAGAUGGACGCCCUCCUAGUUUUCAAGGGUCAGAGCUCCCAGCCCACUGAUAUCGUCUGGAGUUGGGGCACCCCAGAAGCAUGCCUGGACCCGCAGCGGCCUGCCUGGGCUGUCCUGAUGAGCCUCACUCCCCUGCAGCAACACCAGCAGUCCUGCUUCUCCUACUGGGACAGCCCCAGGGAACCCUCCACAUGGGGCUCCGGCUGGCACUCUGACUCAGACGUAGAUGGCGAAGCUCAGAAAAUCUCAAGGCUUCUGCGUGACAGCACCGUCAGUGUAAACCACACCUUAGAAAAGCUGCCGGCAGCAGUUUUCAACAGCGGAACCGAGGCCAUGGCUUUUGCUGUUAGGAGGUGUCCAGCAGCUGUGUGUCAAGGAAAGGUCGGAGCGAGGGGCCGAUUUUAUGGUCUAAAUUCAGCCCUUGUGGCAGCCACCCAGGCUCUGGCUGUGUCCCAGAAGGCUUGCCUGAGGCCGGAUCUGAUAGAAGUCAGCGUGAUGAAGAGUGACGGCCGGACCCUUCCUCACCACGGUGGCUCUGGGACACUGGUCCCGUUGACAGGAGGUGCCUUUCUCGCUGCAGGUUGA